AAGCGCGCAUCGCUAAAUGUCGGUAAAAUAAACCCGGCGUAUCGGUGGAAAGAGAAUAUUUGGUGUUGUGCAUACGUCGUUCUCUUUUGUUCAUUUUAAGAGUGAGAAGGAAGGAAGGAAGAAGGAAAGGAGAAAAGGAAGAAAAGGAAAGGAAAGGAAGAAAGACAAGAAAAAAAGAUACAAAAAAAGAAAAAACGUUUGAUGAACGGUAGAGCGGAAUCUUUGUAGAAAGCCAAGAAGAAUAUUUUUCUUGCAUUCUCGUGUCAGUUUUAAUGACUGAGUCGAGUCGAUCGAUUCAACAAGAGAGUACCGCGCCCCGUGAGAGACAUACAUCUGUCCUUCAUCAUCAUCAUCAUCUCUCUUUCUCUCUCUCUCUCUCUCUUUCUUUUUCUCUUUCUCUUUCUCUUUCUCUUUUUUAACCCCCCCCCCUCUCUCUCUCUCUCUCUCUCUCUCUCUCUCUCUCUCUCUCACACACACACCACACACACACCAUAUAUAAAUCCUAUCCAAAGCUACCAGUCGGAUCCUAGCCUUUAAAAAGCUUCGUUCGUGUCGUCGUCAUCGUCGAUCGACUCACCGGCGUCGAUCGCUUUAUUUUUUUUUUCCAUUUCUCUUUUUGUUUUCUACCAUUCGGCAACAAGGCUAAACCGAGCUUCUAAAGGAAAAAGAUUAUCAACAACGCGCGUUCGAUCGUGAUAAGUUUCAUUGCGAAUUAUCGAGGAAAAAAAAAUGUCGACAGCUUUGCUAGCCGUCUUCGCCGUAAUCCUUUGCAUUCUCUUCAGAUUGCUCAACGUAAACAGUGCGCCACAAAAGCCACUUCUUAUUUGUCAAGAUCCUAACUUUUUGUCUACUCUAUUGAAAAUCGCACCGGUUAUCACAGAACCAUACAAACCUACAAGACUAUGGGGGUUCAGUGGUCACGUGCAAACGGUGGUCCACAGUAUCAUUGGUCGUGUACGAUGUCCUUGGCCAAUAGGAGAUCGCGUAUACAUUGGUCUAUCAGACGAUACAACUCUAACUUAUGAUCUUUAUCAACCAUUGACUAAUGGCCAUGAAGAAGACGAAUGUCCACGUUCGCGUCAUACUUUGGAAUAUACUACUUUCAAGAGGAUCCGUUGUUGGUAUGCUACCAGCUUAUCUAAACAAGACGAUAUCACGAUAGCUAUCUGUCCGGGCAUUGGCAACACUUCUGAAAGUGUCUACAUCAGGACAUUCGUUCACCUUGUUCAGUGUCACGGUUAUCGAUGCGCCGUACUUAAUCACGUAGGAGCUCUUUCUAGUGUCAAAGUCACAGCGCCAAGGAUAUUCACUUAUGGUCAUACUGACGAUUAUCACAUGAUGCUACAAAAUUUAACCGAACAACAUCCAAAUACGAGAAUUGUUUGCAUAGGAUUUAGUUUAGGCGGUAAUUUAGUCACCAAAUAUCUAGGAGAACGCGGAUUGAAUAAAUUAUCCAAUAUCAUAGGUGGCAUAUCCAUUUGUCAAGGUUACAACGCGCUCGAAGGUACAAAGUUCUUAUUAAACUGGCAAAACUUCAGACGCUUUUAUCUCUAUGUAAUGACAGAAUCCGUUAAAAAUAUAAUAUUGAAACACAAGCAUGUACUCCUUUCGGAAGAAGUGAAACAAAAAUAUUCCCUCAACGAGCGAGAUAUUAUUUCUGCUGCUACGUUACCCGAACUCGAUGAAGCUUAUACGAGAAGGGUACAUCAAUUUAGGUCCGUGCAAGAAAUGUACAAAUGGUCCAGUUCCAUAAAUUAUCUUGAUAACAUCUAUACACCAAUGGUAUUUAUUAAUUCUGUAGAUGAUCCUAUUGUACCGGAUUCAUUAUUAAAGCCUAUAAGAGAAUAUGCUGCGACUCAUCCAAACACAUUGUACGUUGAAUUGUCACACGGAGGUCAUUUAGGUUUCUACGAAGGUGGUCUUCUUUAUCCAAAUCCUAUAACAUGGCUGGAUCGCACUUUAGUUUCACUCGUAGGAUCACUCACUUUAGCACACGCGGAUAAGGCUUUGAAAACCUCUUAACGACAUUAUAUUCCUGCAUAUAAUAUUAUUAUUAAUAAUAAUAAUAAUAAUAAUAAUAAUAAUAAUAAUAAUAAUAAUAAUAGUAAUAGUAAUAGUAUUAAUAAUAUUAAUAAUAAUUUCCUCGCGCGCACACGCACGCGCACGAAUGUACUGUACAACGUCAGUUUGUGCAUUUACG